UGACCGUUUUGACACCCCUCUGUGCGAGGUUGGGAGGUUGGCAACUACUCUGCGCUUGCGUUUGAUGGAGGGACUAUGCCAGGGUGUACUUUAUCCAUCCUAUCAUACGCUAAUCUCCUCCUGGGUGCAGCCAAGAGAGCGAUCAUCGCUGGGCACCUAUGUCUAUAUGGGUGCCCAGUGUGGAACUAUUGUCAUGUUGUCCACGAGUGGCAUACUCGCCGCCUUCGCUGGCUGGCCAAGCAUCUUCUACAUCUCUGGCGGCUUAGGCAUGGUUUGGGUGGUGGGCUACUGUCUUCGAGGAGCCAAUUCUCCAGCAGUCUCAAAAAAUAUGUCAAUUGAAGAGAAGGAGCUGAUUGAGAUGGCGCAGACUAGCGAAGUCGCAACAAAAUUGGAGCCACCCAAGGAGAGCAUCCCGACACCCUGGAAGCGUUUCUUUACAUCGCCGGCAUUCCUGGCGCUGAUUGCAACGCAUUGUGCUGCCAACUGGGGCUACUGGACGCUACUCACCCAGAUUCCCAGCUACAUGAAGAAUGUUCUGGGAAAGGAUAUCACGGCUAAUGCACUCCUCUCCUCGCUCCCAUAUAUAAUGAUGGUUGUGUUCGGCUUUUUCUUUGUCAGGUUGUCCAAGUUGCUGCAGAAGCAGACAUCUAUUUCGCGGAGUUUAAGCCGCAAAUUGUUCAACACAAUUGGCCAGUUUAUUCCCAUGUUGCUGCUGGUUGCAUUGGGCUAUGUGCCACAGGGCAGGGAUACCCUCGCUGUUGUGCUACUCUCUCUCACUGUGGGAACUAACGCAGCCAUUGAUCUGGGCUUCAUUAUCAAUCACAUCGAUCUCUCCCCAAAUUUUGCUGGCGUUCUGAUGGGAAUUAGCAACGGAUUCGCCACUCUGAUGAGCAUCUGUGGUCCACUUUUAGUGGGCAUUAUAGUUAAAAAUCAGCGUGAUGUAAUUCAGUGGCGUAUUGUUUUCUUCAUUGCCGCUGGUUUCUAUCUGGUGGGCAAUGGUCUCUUCCUUAUCUUUGGUCGGGGUGAUAUCCAGGAGUGGAACGAUCCUACGGCUAAAACGUGUCACAGUUCUUUGCCGCAGCCUGAGUCAGAGAGGAAAAUGGCCGAAGAUUUCUAGUAAAGUGCCUUAAGGCUUGGCUUUUACUUAUUGAUUAGUCAAUAAAAAAAGUUUAGAUAUAAAAAAAGUAAAGUAUCGAUACCUGAUUGGCAUCGAUUCAGAUCGGUUGAAGCCAGAGGUGGAAGAAAGACACAUGAAGUGUAAUUGAGCAUAAGUACACCAUCAUUAUCAAUAAGCACAAACAUACCAAUAUAUAUCGCUAAGCCAUCCAUUAUAAUAUAAUAUUCAACAUUA